CGUCACAGGAGGUUAUAGGGUAUAACGCGCGCGGUAUUUUCUCGUCUUCUCUGCAAAAUAUUUUGGUGCAGUCUUUGUUCUGUGAACAUUCAAGUGGAUUGUUUCGAAUUCUUCAUCUAUUUUGUCUUGGUAAGCGGUAUCGAUCCCAGAUCUAAGCAGGAAAGAGGCCGGAGAAGGAAGAACACCGGCGGUAGAUUGGGUGGUGCUAUUUGAGCCAAAGAUGCGGCCGGACUCUGGCGCCGAAGGCGAAGAGAAAUGGCUGGCUGAAGGCAUCGCUGGUCUCCAGCACAACGCCUUUUUCAUGCAUCGCGCUCUCGAUUCCAACAAUCUGCGUGACGCACUUAAGUACGCAGCCCAGAUGCUCUCCGAGCUGCGCGCCUCCAGGCUCUCCCCUCACAAGUAUUAUGAGCUCUACAUGAGAGCAUUCGAUGAACUGAGGAAGCUGGAGACGUUCUUCAAGGAGGAGACCAAAAGGGGAUGUUCGGUGAUUGAUCUUUACGAGCUUGUGCAGCAUUCUGGGAACAUUCUGCCUAGGCUGUACCUCCUUUGCACAGUCGGAUCAAUUUAUAUAAAAUCAAAAGAGGCUCCUGCAAAGGAUAUCCUUAAGGAUAUUGUGGAAAUGUGUCGGGGUGUACAACACCCUGUCCGGGGUCUCUUUCUGAGGAAUUACCUCUGUCAGAUCAGUAGGGAUAAGUUGCUUGAUAUUGGUUCAGACUAUGAAGGGGAUGGCGGCAGUGUUAUUGAAGCUGUUGAAUUUGUGCUUCAGAACUUUACAGAGAUGAAUAAACUGUGGGUCCGAAUGCAUUAUCAGGGACCAGUUUGGGAAAAGGAGAAACGUGUAAAAGAGAGGAGUGAGCUUCGUGAUCUUGUGGGAAAAAACCUCCAUGUUCUUAGCCAAAUAGAUGGUGUUGAUCUUGAUAUGUACAAAGAAAAUGUGCUUCCUAGGGUAUUAGAGCAGGUGGUCAAUUGCAAAGAUGAACUAGCCCAACAUUAUUUGAUGGAUUGUAUAAUCCAAGUGUUUCCAGAUGAAUAUCACUUGCAAACUCUUGAAUCUUUGUUAGGCGCAUGUCCACAACUUCAGCCCACUGUUGAUGUUAUGACAGUUCUAUCUCAGCUCAUGGAUAGAUUAUCCAAUUAUGCAGCCUCUAGUACGGAGGUUUUACCAGAAUUUUUGCAAGUAGAAGCUUUUGCCAAAUUAAGCAUUUACAUUGGAAAGGUCAUUGAUUCGCAGCCUGAAAUGCCAAUUUUUGGUGCCAUCGGCUUAUACGUAUCACUUCUUACAUUUACUCUGCAUGUCCAUCCAGAUCGUCUUGAUUAUGUGGAUCAAGUUCUGGGAGAGUGUGUUAAGAAAUUAUCAGGAAAGUCGAAGAUUGAGGAUAGCAAAGCAAUUAAACAAAUAGUUGCCCUUUUAAGUGCUCCACUGGAAAAGUACAAUGAUAUAGAUACUGCUUUAAAGCUCUCUAACUAUUCAAGUGUCAUGGAGCACCUUGAUAAUGCUACAAAGAAAAUCAUGGCAGUGGUUAUUAUUCAAAGCAUUAUGAAGAAUAAAACCCGCAUAUCUACUGCUGAUAAGGUGGAGGCAUUGUUUGAGUUAAUAAAAGGGCUUAUCAAGGAUAUGGAUGUGACUCUGGACGAGCUUGAUGAAGAGGAUUUCAAGGAGGAGCAAAAUUCUGUUGCUCGCCUCAUUCACAUGUUAUACAAUGAUGAUCCAGGGGAGAUGCUGGAGAUUAUUUGUACUGUGAGGAAGCAUAUUCUUCUUGGGGGACCUAAACGCCUUGCUUUCACCAUACCUGCCUUGAUAUUUUCUGCCCUCAAGUUGCUGAGACGUUUGCAAGUUCAAGACAGAGAUAUGGAUGGGGACGAUACUCGUUCCACUACAAAGAAAAUAUUUCAGAUAUUGAAUCAGACCAUUGAGGCACUAUCAGCUGUUCCUUCACCCGAACUUGCCCUUAGGUUGUACUUACAAUGUGCAGAGGCUGCCAAUGAUUGCGAUCUUGAACCUGUUGCGUAUGAGUUUUUUACUCAAGCAUUUAUAUUAUAUGAAGAAGAAGUUGCAGAUUCAAAAGCUCAGGUGACGGCACUUCACCUAAUUAUUGGAACUCUUCAGCGGAUGAAUGUAUUUGGGGUUGAGAAUAGAGAUACGCUAACCCAUAAGGCCACAGGGUAUUCUGCAAAGCUUUUGAAAAAGCCUGAUCAGUGCAGUGCAGUUUAUUCUUGCUCCCACCUCUUUUGGGUUGAUGAUCAAGAUGGAAUCAAGGAUGGAGAAAGAGCUCUCCUUUGUUUAAAACGUGCCUUGAAGAUUGCAAAUACUGCACAACAAAUGGCUAAUGUCACGAAGGGUAGCAGUGGACCUGUCACUUUGUUUGUUGAAAUACUCAACAAGUAUUUGUAUUUCUUUGAGAAAGGAAACCUUCAGAUCACAUGCUCUGCAAUUGACGAUCUGAUUGAAUUAAUCAUGACGGAAAUGCAAAGUGAUAAUAACUCAACUUCAGUUCCAUCUGCUGAUCCUUUCUUUUCUAGCACGCUUCGAUAUAUUCAGUUCCAGAAGCAGAAAGGUGAUUCCUUUGGCGAAAAGUAUGAACCAAUUAAGUUGCCCAGGGAUGCAGGAAUUGAACGUAAACAAAUUGGAAUGAGAAAAUUCAGCAGAAAAGUGCCUGAAGCGGCGUGACCAAGCCAUUGAUUGAACCAAGCUGGCAUGACCACGCCCAAAAAUAGCAUAACCACAUCAUAUAUUGUAAUAGGGCAGCAUGACCAUGCCGACCCCAACAAAAGAACGGUGUGACCACGCUGGAAACGGGUGUGACCAUGUCGAAGAGUGGGAAAAACUUUAUAAAGGAAAUUUGAUGGAUCAACCCAUGAUUUGUCCUAUAAAAUCGAAUUUUAGGCUUCUAAGAAGAAGUACUGCAGCAGAGAAGGCUGGAGGCUGAACAAAUAGAAUGUGGGAAAGGAUUUAAGGGAUCUCUUCAGGGUUUUCUUCCUCCUUGGGUUGAAAUCUUCAAGGGAUAGUUUUUUUUUUUUUUACUUUGUACGUUGUGAGAGAUUUUUUAUGAGAGGGGAAGUUGUUGGCUUUG